AUGUAUUCGGAUGUUAACAGAAUGUUGCUCUUUAUACUAAUCUGCAGCAGGAAAAAGAACAAGUUUGUAUUGGCAUUUCGCCGGAUUUUUCAUGUACGGGAACCAGCCAAACGCCGUUUUCAUUCUCAGCGCAUAUUGAGUUUCUUCAGGAAGGGCCGAGGAGUCGAGUACUGGGACAAACUCCAUCCAACUGACGAUUUCACUCACAUCUAUGUACCACUGUGCGGAAAGACAGUCGAUAUGCGGUGGCUCUACGAGAGAGGUGUGAAUGUUGUGGGCAAUGAUUUAGCUGAGGAGGCCGCGGUUGAAUUCGUGAAGGAACAUCCUCAGUUGGCCAUGUCUCGGACUGAGGUUACGUUAAAGAAUGGCGAACAGACUGUCGUCUACGAGGUAAUUCACAAUCCCAUGCCAACACUGGCAGUUCCGGUGGUUUAA